UAUCACAUGACCACUUCCCGGAAGCGCAGCAGACCCGCUCAACUUCAUCCUGGGUUGAGGCAGAGGAGAACUCCCGGAAUUAUGGCGAAGUCUGGGCUGGGGCAGGAUCCGCAGAGCACAGCUGCAGCCACUGUGCUAAAGCGGGCGGUAGAACUAGAUUCGGAGUCGCGGUAUCCGCAGGCUCUGGUGUGUUACCAAGAGGGGAUUGAUCUGCUCCUGCAGGUUCUGAAAGGUACCAAAGAUAAUACUAAGAGAUGUAAUCUCAGAGAAAAAAUUUCCAAAUACAUGGACAGAGCAGAAAACAUAAAGAAGUACUUGGACCAAGAAAAAGAAGAUGGAAAAUAUCACAAGCAAAUUAAAAUAGAAGAGAAUGCAACAGGUUUCAGUUAUGAGUCACUUUUUCGUGAAUACCUUAAUGAGACAGUUACAGAAGUUUGGAUAGAAGAUCCUUAUAUUAGACAUACUCAUCAGCUGUAUAACUUUCUUCGAUUUUGUGAGAUGCUUAUUAAGAGACCAUGUAAAGUAAAAACCAUUCACCUUCUCACCUCUCUGGAUGAAGGCAUUGAGCAAGCGCAGCAAAGUAGAGGCCUGCAAGAAAUAGAAGAGUCACUCAGGAGUCAUGGAGUGCUGUUGGAAGUUCAGUACUCUUCUUCAAUACAUGACCGAGAAAUCAGGUUCAACAAUGGAUGGAUGAUUAAGAUUGGAAGGGGACUUGAUUAUUUUAAGAAACCACAGAGUCGUUUUUCCCUUGGAUAUUGUGAUUUUGAUUUAAGACCAUGUCAUGAAACAACAGUGGACAUUUUUCAUAAGAAGCAUACAAAAAAUAUAUGAUGGGCAGUAGCCUAAUUUGUAUUAUGUCUACUUUAAGUGAAUAUUGGAUUUUUUUUAAAAGAUCACUUUUAUAAUGUAUGAAUUUAACAAUAAACUUUUAUAUUUCUACUAA